AUGUCAGUACAUCUGCUGGCCAGCCUUCUGUUGCUGAUCUCCUUGCGAAGACUGUCUGUGUCACACCUUAUGAUGGAUAUGGCUUUACAUUCCUUUGAUGACCAGUACCUGGGGUGCAGAGAGCAGGUGAUGGAAGAACUGGAGAGAGGAGACUAUUUCCAUAAGGAAAUAGCUGCUAAUAAAAACUAUUUGAGUCUUUGGAAGAAGGCUCAGGAGGCUUUGUUGAAGAGCCCUGUAGGUCUCUUAAGGGAAAUGCAUGAGAGUCACGCCAUAGUUCUCAUGGCUUACACCAUGAAUUCUUCCCUGCACUCUGAGCUGAACUGGGCCACAUCCACAGCAGGAAGCUCUCCAGAGCAGUACAGACACAACUUCAGUUUCAAAUAUUUUCACUUUUACCUAACGACUGCUAUCCAGAUAAUGAAGCAAUGGCAGAGCAGCAAGGAGAACAUGGGGAAACAUAAGUGCUAUCGAGUGCAUAGGGGUGUAAAAGACUUACAUAUUGAAGCCACGGUAGGCAGAAGAGUGCGAUUUGGCCGUUUCACUUCUACAUCGCGCCUCUGGAAUGAAGCCCAGAAGUUUGGAAAUGAAACUUUGUUCACAGUGACAACUUGCCUGGGAGCAGCUCUGCAAGGCUUUUCUUACUACACAUCUGAGAAGGAAGUCCUCAUUCCCCCUUAUGAGGUGUUCGUUGUCAAAAACUUCUUGCGGACAGAGUAUGGCAACCGGCUGCACCUGCAUUCUGUGGGGAAUUACAGCAAGUACCACUGCCAACUCUUGGAAGCUUCAAGAAUUGAGAACAGUGGUUCUACUGCCUCUGCCUCUGCUGUUCUUCCUGGUGUAGUUGGAGUUUUCUUGUGCUUGGCUAAGCAAUGA